AUGCCAUAUGACAAUGUCAGAGCUCUCUGUGGGAGAAGGAAGGAGAACAAGAAGGAAGAACUGCCUGAAGACCAGACCUCGCCUUACAGUCAGAUGCUGCAGAAGGGGCAAGGGGCCCAGACCACGGACGACAAAACAAAGGAAACAGGGGGCGACAAGGCUGCUGAGGAAGGCCCUCCUCCUGGCAAAACAGAACCACGAAAAGAUGCCAAGAGGUGCCCUUGCUCUCCUCGUCCCCUUGGAACAGAUUGGAAGCUGCCGGUCCCCCUGGGAACUGUCUAUCCACCUUUGCUCUCGAGUCUGAGCUCCACCAAAGCCGUGGGACGAAGCUGGGAGUUGUCUCCUCCGACUGCAAACAGCUUCCGAAUACAUGAUGUGCACGUGGCCCACCCGCCCCAGAAGGGCCCUUUCCGGCACUUCAUGGACAUGAAGGCAGAGAAGAGGCUGGCUGGCCGCAAGGAGCAUCGCAGUUGCUUUGGAGAUAUCAACGUGCACAAGUGCUCUCAGUUUGGGCAGAUCUUCUGCCCUUUCCAGGCCCUUGCCACCACGGAGAUGCAAAGACUGGUUUUCCCCAAAGACCUGCCCGUAAGUCCGCACAUGCAGAGACUAGGCGUUUCGUGCACCACCGAAGGGAAUCUUCAGGAUUUAUCCUUGUCUUCUACAGAGCUAGGCUUGGGAAAGGACACCAACAACCAAGAGAAAGAGAAACCAUCAAGCCACAUGAAAACACCUUUAUUCCCCCCAAUAGUCAAAGCAACAAAAUCCAAUGACAUGAAAUAA